UUUUCUUGUGCAGAGCGUCUGAUUAUUUUGUCGUUCAUGCAGAGAACAUGCAUCAAGUGACAUAAAGGGGACUUAAAAUUUGAGGUGCAACACAGUGGUGAUUAUGACUGGACACCCAACCUUCAAAAUAUAUAUUUCUGACUAACACCUAGGAACGGGAUACAUGGGAUGGAAGCUGGCGAGUGCUUUAAAGAAACAUACCCCAAUAACAUAAUCAUUUGAUAUUUUGAAUAAUUUAUGGUUGCCAAAAUCUAAGUCAGUGUAAAUAUUAUGCAGACUACCAAAUAAAUGACAGGAAUUCGCAGCAAACCUCAGAGUAUACAAGGAAUGGAUUAUUGUUUGAAGGACCACAACUACAGUGUUAAGUUUGAAAUCACUCCAAAUGAAAACACUCCUGCUGGUUUUGAAACUUUUGACAAUGUGAUUACUGGCUUUAUGAAGGAACAAGGUAUUCCAGGUGCUUCCUUAGCCAUCAGUCUGCAUGGAAAACCUGUGUAUGUACAAGGAUAUGGAACAGCAGGGCCAGGGAAACUGGUUUUGUCCAACUCCAAAUUCCGACUUGCCAGUAUAAGUAAACCAAUCACAGCUAUUGUUACAAUGAAGUUGUGUGAAAGUGGUCUGCUUUCCCUUAAUGACACAGUGCUGGGGACUAAAGGUAUUAUUGGAUAUAAGCCCACCUGUAAGGGUGACCGUCGACUGACCAGGAUCACUAUAGAACACCUGCUUCAACAUUCCUCUGGCUGGGACAGAGAUAGAGUGGGUGAUCCAGUCUUUUGGAAACUGGAAAAAGUGUGUCCAGGACAGGCACCUACAGCCAAGGAAACACUGGUGCGUUUUAUGAUGUCACGCAAGCUCCAGUUCACGCAGUGUAAACGCCAUGCUUAUUCUAAUCUUGGCUACCUGGUGCUUGGAAUGGUGCUAGAGAAGAAACUAGGGAUGGGGUAUGAGGACCUGGUUCAUGAAUGUCUAGGUGACGUUACCAGGAACACAAUGUAUGUUGGCACAGCCAAGAAGUCUGUGGAAGACUUUGAAGAGGUAGAAUAUUACAGUAAUAGAGACCCAAGUUUGGCCCCAUCCGUGAUUCCAGGGGAGGGACUGGUCACACCCCAGUAUGGCUCCUUCCCUAUGGAGGACACUGGGUCGUACGGAGGCUGGGUAUCUUCUGCAGUACAACUUCUAGGUCUGUUUGACAGACUUUCCAACACUGAUCCAAGAGUCUGUAUUCUGAGACCAGAAACAUUCGAAAAGAUGUUGCAGCGACCAAAGUAUGAAAACGGAGAGGAAUGGUAUGGCCUUGGACUGGAUGUUCAAGAUGGAGGUCAGAGUUGGGGUCACACAGGUGCCAUGGAAGGUACAUCAACAACAUUUCUCCAUCACAGGUCAGGGGUCAGCUGGGUCCUUCUUCUCAAUUCUUGGUCACGUGACAUGGAUCUAGAUGGCCUUCUCAAAUUUUCCCUUAGUCAUGUACCACAUCUACCUUUGUGGAAUCCUGUGAUGCCAUCCCUGUCUGAAUUAAGUGCAGAAUACUUCUAUAAAAUUGCAUCAAAGGAUAAGUUACAGAUUGUGUAUGUGCUUGUACUUUACAAGGAUCUGAGUCAACACAUCGCGGAUUUGACUAACAUGGGAUAUUGGAUAACAGCACUAAAUAUGUUUGUUCACAAUGGUCAGUUGUAUUUCAACAUCGUUUGGAGGGAAAAUAAAGACAAUGUCUUUUGGAAAGUGAAUCAUUAUACAAGUGAUGAUCCUCAACUUUACCAGGACUUUCCAGAGGAAUGUGAAACUAAUUUAUGUGUUGAUAUUUUAGAUACGUGUUAUUUUAAUAAAACAUUUCAAUAUAUUUUCAUUUGUAAAAAAAGAAAUACCUUGAUGAAGCAGAUUUUAUCAUUUCAUGUACCUGGGAAAAUUCAUUUAGAUCGUUUAUUGAGUUUAAAAAAGCUAAAUUAUGAUAUAAAAAUACAGUCUGUGUGUGUAAAACAAGGAGACAUUUUUGUGUCCUCAGUUUUCUUCUACAAUAGUGGUACUCCCUGUACCACCAUAUCAUGGCUACAGAUUACCCCUGAUAACUUUGUGUAUGAAUUAGGUAAAAAGUUAUCACUCCAUACCUUUGGCCUGGUAUAUGUCAAGUUUUACACGGAUGGUGAUCUUCCAAGUGUUAGUAUGAUCCUGACUACAGAAAAGCCGUCUGUGUGUCUACAGCGACAUGAUGUGUCCAGGUUUGGAUUUCUGUAUGAGCUUCACAGAAGUGCUGAUGUCCCUGUACAAUUCCUAUGUGGGUACAGGUCUGAGGGUAUCCUGAACUUUGCUGCAGUAUGGGAAGGAAACAAAAAUGGUAAAUGACUGGGUGAUUAACAGUGACACUGACAGACCAGUCUUCCAUACUGGGAACUUCAUUCUGUAGAAUGGACAAUGAGAUCUUUCAACUGAAUUUGAAAAUUGAUUAAUAGACAGAGUUAAUGGCAAAGAGGUAUUAAUGUUGGUUUUUUUUUUAGCAUAUUGGAUAUUUUUUUUUCAAAGGAUGAGGAAAUAUUUGCAAAGAUUUGUUAAUAUUUUUCAGUCCUAAAU